AUGGCGCAGCAUCAAGAACGUAAAAGAAAAGAAAGUCCUUCUUGUCAGACAGGAAAAGAUCAUGCCCCUCCUCCUCUUAGUAUCGAAGUACCUAAAAUGAAAAAUCUUUCAAAAAAGUCAAAACCUUGGAGUGAUGUUCAGCUUCCAGUCGACAUUCUUCUGUUGACAGUGGAGGAUUGCGAGUUCUUGGCGUGCUAUGCAUACUUAAAUAAUCCCAUUAAAAGCUACCACAAUAACCUUGGAUAUGUGUACUUUGGUACCAUGGGUGAAAGUGGAGAGGAUGCACUGAAAGUUGCUCUGAUGAGAUGUUGUAAAGGUUCUUCAGGUCCAGGUGAUUCUUUAGUCACUGUCAAGAAUGCAGUUGUUCAGUUGAGACCCAAGGCUGUUUUUACUGUUGGCUACUGCAGGGGAUUGAACCCCCAAGACACCAAGCUUGGUGAUGUAGCGGUAUCCUCUAAGCUUACAACUGAAGAAUUCUCAACCCCAGUGAGAAAGAAUAUUGGCAACCUUAUCUUGUUUUCAACUGAAGGAUGGGAUCCACCAACAACAGCUGAAGAAGAAGUAAAAGUACAUUCUGACAGUGAAAUAUUCAGUGGCAUAAAUGACCCAGUCAAUGCCAAAAAACGCCGUAUGAAUGCAGCUGAAAAGGAAGGGGAAGGUAACAUUGUCUGUUAUCUCAUUAAAUAUUAUUAAUUAUUAAUCUAUCCAUGCACAACUGUUUGUUUAACAUAUUUUCCACCACGUACUACAGGUCUUCAUUAGUUGUUAGUGUCAAAGACCUGCAAUAUUCAGUCAAAACAUCAUGACCAAGAUCUAAGUGACAGUGGUUAGACAAUAGGCCACUUGCACUAAGAGGUCACGUGACCAAUGCUUCCUUUAAACAAUGAGUUGGAAUCUUGCUGAUGCCAAAAAUUGUUAGAGCACACAAAAAUUAUCUUACACCCGAAAUUUGAGAGGAAACGCAUUUAAGGGAGAUAUUUUGUGGCACUUUGAUUCUUCAGCAAAGUAGUAUGAUUUGUAUCGGCCGCCAUGUUGGAGGGCAUGCUCUUGCAUGCCUUGUAGAAAUUAAGUAUACUUUAAGUAUACUUCAAGUAUACUUUAUAUGUACUUCUCAGAAAAAAAGUACAUUUGAAGUAUACCUCGUUUGUACUUCCAGAAAAAAAGUAUAAAUGAAGUAUAUUUGGCAAAUGUACUUCAUUUAUACUUCAAAUACUUAAGUAUACUUUAAGUAUACUUCUUCAAACUUCAGUGCUUGUGAAAAAUAGUUUCGCAAAGAAAAGUGUACUUUAAGUAUACUUUGAAACUGAAAGACACAUUCUGAUCUGAGGAUGCUUGGUUUGUCCGGAUCUUGAAAUCACUACAAGACAAAAGUAUACUUAAAGUAUGCUUUAAGUAUAAUUUAACUUCAAAAUACUAUUCAGAUCAAAUCAGUUUUCUUCUAUUAAGGACACAGUUGAGAUCAUGUAAAGAUUUCUUCACAGUGGUGAAGUAUAUAACAGGUUUCUAGAUACACAGGGCACACAUUAGCUGUUCAGUCGACUUCCUUCGUAAGAAGAUCAUCGGCCGAUCUGGGCGAAAUGGCAAAGUCGCACAGUUUCAUUCUGGUCAUUUCUUUAACGUCUUUCGUGGAAUUUUUGCAUUUGGCAGUAAAAGAUACUGGAUGUAAUUAAGGACCGCGUCAUUUUACCUCCUUUUUUACGAGGACCUUAAGAAAUAGAACGAGAACUCGAAGCAAAACCAUCGCUCCUCGUCGGACAUCUUUACGUUUAAGGAAAGAAAUGUAUAUAUGAAGGUGUUGAAUUACCGCUGACUUCCAGUACCGUCGGAACAUAUACGGGAUCUUGUGGAUUUCCUAAUACGGUCAUGUAUGAAUCAUUUACAGCAUACCUAACUUCCAUAUAUGGUUUUGGCGGGCGAUACAGAUUCGAAGGAACAUUCGUUGAUCUUUGCCGAGAGUGUCUUCAAGAUAUUUAUACGCUCGGAAUAUUGCAUUGCCUUUAAUUUAUCUUCACAAUUCGAGUACAAUAUGAGUGGAACUUGAAAAGAAAACAAAAGAAGUACACCAUGACUGAAUUUUGACGAUACAAGUAAGUUUUGGGGUGAAAAAUGUAUCGGUUCCCGUCGUUUCAAUAUAUAUCGAUUUUUCUUUGCAAGUCAUUUGCAAAUGACACACGAGUUAAGCCUUAAGGUUUACAAAGUGAAAGCUUGUUUACUUCGCCUAAAGUGCAGUGUAAAUUCAAAAUACAAAACCCAAGUCUUGUUUUCGUUAGAUCGCAUUUCGUUCCAGUUUUUGUACGUAAUAGGUAGACAUAUUUCUUUAAUAAGGUAAUGGCACAAUUUACUUUGUAGCCAAAGAGUACAGAAGAAUAUUGUGUGAUGGUUCUAAGCAGUAAUUAUUAAGUACAAGUGAGCUAAAGAAAGUUCAGAAAGAAACCUGUUAAUAUACAUGCACCUUCCUUGAAAUGAUCUCAUUGUCAAUGAAAAUUUUACUAAAAUCAAGAAGAAUAAUAUAUUAUGGUAAUCAAAUGCAGUGAGUUCCUUUGAUAGGAAUAGAAAAUGUAUAUUUUUAUGUUGUGGAAACCUAUUCCAACAAGAUUUGCUAUAUAUUUUUUUUGUAAUUUCUUAGUACAUUUGUAUUGCUUUAAGUUAAGGACAGUUUUUUUUGUUAUAUCAAUAAAUGAUUUUACAAUAUAAUUGAUCCAAGUCUGAUGUGUCUCAGUGAUUGAUGAACAUAUUGCAUAGAGUAUACUUUAAGUAUAUUUUAAGUAUACUUGAAGUAUACUUCCCAUUAAGUAUACUUCAAGUAUACUUUCAGUUAAGUAUACUUUAAGUAUACUUUUUAGGUGUCGAAAAGUUGUGUACUUAAAGUAUACUUCUGGUAAGUAUACUUAAAGUAUACUUUAAGUACAAAUGAAGUAUACUUUUUAAAGUGUUUAUCACCUAUAUAAAGUAUACUUUAAAUGUACUGAAUUUCUACAAGGGAAUUGCCCUCCAACAUGGCGGCCAAAACUACUUUUUGCUUAUAUCUUGUUCAACGUUUCAUAGUUAUGCUCAAAUGUGCUGUAAACGUUAUCACAUCAUCUUUUCAACAUUUUCCUUGAAGUUUAAGUGCAAAAUUUGUGUUCAGAGAGAGGUAAUUCAUAAUUUUAAAAAUCACAUUUUGGUCACGUGACCAUUUACGAACUUAUUCAUUUUAAGAAAAUGGUGCGGGUUUGAAAAACCAAAUCACCAUUAUUUUGCUUAAGAUAUGACCCACUAAUCGUUCUCGGAAGGCAAAAUCAUAUAACUUUCAUUUUCAUAAAAACGGUGUCACAUGCCUCUUAGUGCAAAUGGCCUAUUAAAUAAAACCCUUUAUUUGAACACAUUAACCACGAUGUACAAUAUCUUUCAUGACAUGGACAAUAAUAUUUUGUAGCCUAUUUGUUCUAUUGGUGUCUGGAAAACGCUAGCUCACAUUAUGUGUUCUGUUUUUUUCUUUAUUUAUUUUAUUUAUACAUGUAGGACUGUUUGCUGCAGCCCAGGAUAUGAAUAUUGAAUGGGUGAUUGUUAAAGGGAUAUCUCAUUUUUCCAAUGAUAGCAACACUCCUAAUGAGUCCUGGAAGUCAUUUGCUUGCAUCAUGGCAGCUUCUCUUGUGUCCAACCUGUUGAGUGAUCCAGUUGUUUUUAAAAAAUGGCCUCACUAUGAAGGUAUGUAACCUCCUUUUUCUGUUUGAUUAUUAAUAGUGAUUAAUUUUCUGUUCAGAUAUAUUUACCGGUAUGUAUUUUUAGAAAAAAGGCUGCAGUUUUAGUGAAAAGAUUAUAAAGUACAUGGACUUAACCACAAACUUCUGGCCCCAGUUGUUCAAAAGGUGGAUAGCGCUUUCCACUAGAUAAAUCACUAUCCUGAGUGGAUAAAUAUUAGGGGAGCCAAUUGCACUAUCCAGUGGAUAGAGUCAUUUAUCCGGUGGAUAGCACUAUCCACCUUUUGAACAACUGGAGCCUGCUGACCUAAUGUGCUUUAAUUGUAUUUAUUGCCAGUCCCCCCUAAUUUCCUGUGUGCGUUAACAGUACCGCCCAACAGUAUGCUCAACAUUUAAUUUUUCCUGAGAAUAGUCUUUGAAAUUCCCUGACCCCAGUGCCUGAAAAGUGCUAGAAAAUAAAAAAAAAGAUGCACCAUGUUAUUGACUGACAAGAAAAUAACAAAAAUGGUUAUAUGGCCAAGUCUGCUUUUAGAGAACACAGCAGUUCAACUCUUUAAUGUUCUCUUAUUUAUUUUGCAGACUUGUCAGCAAACAAGGCGUCCUCCGCUUUACCAGGUAUGACCCUUUUGAGUAAAGUUACUAGGAAUUCUAACAAACUGAAGUAUUUAUUUGUUAAUACUGUUGUCAAUAUACAACCACUUCUUUUCAUAUUUGCACAGUCUGUAUAGCAGUAACAAGUCUCUUAUCCUAAUUUUGUAGAGAAGUAAUGGUCAGUAUACUUCAAAUCUCACACCUCUCUUCUGGCCCUUAUGUUUUUAAUAACUGAAGUGUGUUCUAGCUUUGAUAAUUACCUUAAACACAAUUUAACCUCCUCCUCAUGUCUCUAAUCUAACCUUCUUCCCCACUCAAAGGAGUAUAUUACUCUAAAGUGUAGAUCCAGAAAAUGAUUCUCCCCCAUGGAAAGGAUUUGGUCUUGGAAGAACCCACACCCGCCCCUCCUCUCCUUUGCAAAUUCCAAUUAGGAUUCAUACAUGUACCUUUCUUUUUGUUUUAUGGUCCUCGCUGAUACUCCGUCCUUCCCCAGGAUUUUCCAAUCCCUUCCAUGAGGGUAUUAAAGAUAUUUUCUUGAGCUACACAUUUGCAGACCACACCACUAACAAGGAACAUUGCAACAUUGAAGUCCUUGCAUUGUCUUUUCACCCAAAUUUUGCACUUUUCUUAAUAGUUUGGUUGUACUAACAUCCAUUUCACCAGAUAGCUAAGUUUUGCUUGACCUUCAAAAUACCAAAACAUCAUUAAUAUAUUAUUUGUACCCUCAUGUCUAAGUAUAAGUGGUGAAAAGGCUGCUCUUUAGGGUGGAGUCUCCCACAAUCCAGAGAAAGAUCCCCUCCCUCAGACUCUAGGGUAGUAAUUUCUAUGUGAUGCUUGCUAAUGCUGCACAGUGCCUGUAAACAAAAAUUGAAAAAUUCUACUGCAAACUGACAAAGGUCUUUCAGGCUUUCAUUAUAUUAUUCAUUGCUGAGAGAAAGCUACUCAAGGAUCAUAAAAAUUAAUCAUCUCUUGACAUCUCUGUAAAUUCCCAGUCUUCAACACAACUGUCUUAUGCAUAGUAGUUCUUAACUGUGGGUCUUGUAAAUUUCUUAGGUUAUUUUGUUGUUAAUAAGAAUAACGUGUGCAUAGAUAAUCAGUAGUGUUUUAAAUCUUUCCCAGCAUUUGUAAACGUUUGUCCACUCUUCAAAGAGUAGUUAUUUAGUGAAACUGUGGACUCUCAUUUUUUCUUAUCUCAAUUUUUUUCCAUAUUUGUUAUGUGCCCCUGUCCUAGAGUUUUGUGUAACACGUUGUUUGAUACUUAAAAUUUUUUAAUUUGUAAGGCAAAAUCCUUGUUUUCAGAUUCUGAAUGCCUCGAAGAGUGCCAGAAGCAGUUGCGGUCUCUUUAUCAAACCAAAACCAGAGUCAAAAUCGUUCCUUGGAACCAAAUAAACGCCGUUCACAUUGAUGAGAUCUACACAGACUUGUCUUGGGUUAUGGAUCACAGGACACCCAAGGGAGUGACAAAAGAAGAACUUAACCACUACACUGAGAUUUUUGUCCACAGAGAGCCUCAUCCUGCACCAAAGCGAAUUUUGGUGUAUGGACAGCCAGGUAAUUAGUAGGUAAACCGUCUGGAGAGUAAAAGUGUAUUAUAGCACCAUCAAAGCAAACAAACUUGUGGCUCUUACAAGACUGUAUAACACAAAAAUAGAACAAGAACAAGAACACAUUAUUACCAUUAGUGUCAGAGAAAAUUGAUGCACUAAAAGUUAAGGUUGAGGAGGUUCAGAGACGUGCCACCAGAUGGAUUUUAAGCUUGAAGCCAGGCCAGAUGCCUGAUGGGGAGAAACUGCUUCCCUUGAAUAUGCUGCCUCUUGCUUCCAAUAGAGCAAUGGAGGAUCUCGUUUUCUUUUACACAGCCUUUUACGGCUACAAUGAUAGAGACGUUACUAAUGAUAUUACAUAACUUUUAACAAUCAUCCACGUACACUCUGUGGCCAGUCUGCAGGCUGUUAUCAUACUGUCCCGCCUGCAAGAGCUGCACUUUACAAGCUUCAUAUUAAUAUUAAUCAUCAGCGUAUGGGGCGGGGGGGCUGGGGGGGCUGCACCUCCCCCCCCGUCGGAAAAAAAAUAGUAUUAUUCGGGCAAAACUGACGUACCGUUCGGGCAAAGACACAGUAAAAAAUAUUUUAUUAUUUAAUAUCUUGAUUUAUUUGUUUUCAUCCCGCAUCUCGCCUAAUCUUCUAACUGAUCUCUGUACUACUUCACGGGAUGGCUGUUAUUACUCGGAGUUAGAACAUUAGGGCCAUUUAUACGAGGAAAAAUAAAACGCGUCUUACAUAAGACGCGCCUUAAAUAAGACGCGAACUGUACAAUUUAUACGAGCAUGUCUUAUCUAAGACGAGAACAGCUCGUAUAAAUGGUUCGCGUCUUAUUUCUGUUGUUGACUAGUUUUCAUGUGAAUGUUGCCCUUAGCAACGGCAAUCCAACGUGGCGCGCCAAAAAUUAACGCAUGCGUACUAUGCGUUCGCGUCUUAUGUACGCAAAGGUCAUUUAUAGGAAGUUUUCCUCGUCUUAGCUAAGACGCGUCUUAUCUAAGAACAGGUGUUAAGGGCUGUUCUAAAAUAAGACGCGUCUUAGCUAAGUCGCGUCUUAUUUUAGACGAAAUGUGCCGUUUAUACGGAAAGUUCGCGUCUUAUUUAAGACUCUAUGUAAGACGCGUCUUAUUUUUCCUCGUUAGUUCUGCCGAGGGACUGGGAGUGAUAAUCGAGACCGCGCUGGGACUGGAACUGCGUAUGAGUUGGCGGCCAUGUUGAUUUAUGUCAGUUCUCGAGUGCAUGUGCGUGUAAUCUGUAGUUCAUGUAUGACCCCAUGAAAUGUCCUGAGGCACCAGUGCCAUGUCGGGCCUCUAGGCACAGAAGUAAGUGUAGUGGCUGUAGUAAGUGUAGUAGCUGUACUAGCUGUAGUAAGUGUAGUAGGUGUAGUAGGUGUAGUAGCUGUAGUAGGUGUACAACCUCGUCCACAGGGCUUUUCCCUUAAAAAAUGGGUGGGGCGGGAAAAGGCCCUAGCAUCGGCUGGUCACGUGUACAUCCUAAAUAUUCCUGAGAAGCCAAUUUAUAUGCAACCCGCUGGUUUUGCGCUGACAGAAGUCGAACGGAGCAACAAUGGAAAAUAAUAACAUCGCGAACUGUAUGUCAAUAUUUUCGCGUCUGUGCGAUUCAAAAGCUUAAGAUCCAUUUAAUUGCGUAUUAUUCAAAUGCUACAAGUUUAUGAAAGGGCGUACCGGCUCUACGUUGUCACGUACAAAAUAUUUCAAAUGCUUCAGAGUUGAGACAAGCUGUUAUCGAGUAGUACUUCGACUGAAAUUCAUCGCGACUGUGGAAUUACUAUACGAUCAUCAAGCGGAAAGUGAUUUUGUCCAAUGUCAAACAAAAAUGCGGGCCUUUGCCUCUAGGAUCUGCAGUGAAUUUAAACAAAUUGAACGUAAUUGAAAUAGAAUUGUUCAUCAAAAUGCUUUAUGGAAUCUGGUCUUCUAACCCGACCAUUAAACAAACAAAUCUCCGCGCCGGAUGCAAGUCAGCCCUCCAGUCAGGAACGAUGACAGGUCGCCGAUCUGAAACAUUUGAAGAUCUCUUAUAUAUUUUCUCUUCCGAGGAUAAGUACAAAGGAUUUUCCUUAUAUUAAAGGGAAGAUUGACCGAUCGAUUGGAAUCAACUACAGCUAUGUCAAUUUUAAAUGGACCCAAGUCUUUCUUUGUUACCAGUCGUUUGAUACCCUGGGUGCCAGAGACUAUUCAUGCGCGGUUUCCGGUUUCGGUCAAGUCUCGCAGAGGUCAAUGAAUUUUUUAAAAAUACAGUCAUACAAGAUAAGUCUAAACCAACGCGUAUCGCUAUGAUGAUGGCUGAGAGUUAAGGUGAAUGGAACUAGGUUGUGUAUGGCGGUCUACUUCGCAAGAAAUAAAAUAAAAUAUCAAAAGAAGUCGCGAAAACGAAAUUUUCCGGUACAAACUUUAUGCAUGUACGAUAGCUUGUUUGUCAUUUAUAUCGCUCUAUAAAGGAAGUUUUACAAAUGUUACCGCUCGCCGUCCCCUUCAUAGAAAUCGGAGGAAAGCAAAAAAUUACCAUAGCCAGUAUCUGUGACAAAAAGGAAACCUUGUAAAACUUUAAGAGAUAUAAAAGGCCGCCCAAGAUCGCUCGCUGUGAGGUUACGCAUAAUUUUAACGUUUCACAUAGCGCUAAUUUAUUACACCCAGGUUUUUAGGGUGUACGAGGGGACACGUGACCAGCCGAUGCCAGGGCCUUUUCCCGCCCCACCCAUUUUUUAAGGGAAAAGCCCUGGGGACGAGGUUGGUAGGUGUAGUAUCUGUAGAAGCCUAGUAGCUGUAGUAAGUGUAGUAACUGUAGUAGCUGUAGUAAGUGUAGUAGCCGUUGUGUUAGUCCUCCGCUUCAAAACGAGCAAACUCAACCAAACAGUCUUUAAUCAGGGAAAACUCAAAUCAACUUCAAUCAACUUACAAGAACGUCCCCGAAACGUUUUCUGAGUAUGCGAUAUUAUGUCAGCGGUAUUGACUACUACUUCAUAAUAUCACAUACUCAGAAAACGUUUCGGGGACGUUCUUGUAAGUUGAUUGAAGUUGAUUUGAGUUUUCCCUGAUUAAAGACUGUUUGGUUGAGUUUGCUCGUUUUGAAGCUGAGGACUAACACAUGGUGUCAGAAGUUAAUGGAUGAAGCUGUUUGCCGACCGCAUUUGUGAAAUAUUUGUCUUGUGAAAACCUUGGUUCGUUGCUGUUCGCAUAAAUCGAAACCGCGUGGUGUGAAAUGGCGGCCGGGCGUCUGUUAAACCCGCCAGAUCAUCUGCAGCUUUCAAGUGGAAAUGUAUCUCAGAAUCGGAAAAGGUUUAAACAAAAGUGGAGUAACUAUGAGCUAGCUAUCAGAACAGCCAGAAAGGAAGACCCCAUUCGCGUAGCAACUUUUCUCACUGUGAUCGGCGACGAAGCGCUAGAUGUUUACAAUGCAUUCACGUGGGACAGUGACGAAGACAAAGUCAAAAUGGAUAAAGUUCUAGAGCAUUUUGAGCAGUAUUGUGAGCCUCGCAAGAAUACAAUUUACGAAAGGUAUUUAUUCUUUUCGCGUGGACAGGAAAGUGGGGAGCCCAUUGAUAAAUAUUCCACAGUUCUACGAAACAUGACAGACUCUAGUGAAUUUCAAGAUUUGAAAGAUUCAUUGGUACGUGACCACAUCGUGUUUGGAAUCGCUGAUGACAACGUGAGAGAGCGGUUGCUGCGAGUCCCAGAUUUGACGCUGAAUAAAGCUCUAAAAAUUGCACGAGCUGCCGAAGCAACCCAAAGCCAGCUGAAACAAAUGCAAAACUUGCACGAGGUUAAUGCAGUGGGGAAGAAGAAAGAAAAAUUCUUCCGAAAGAAACAAGAAGAGAAGAAGAAAUCAGCAAACGGAAGUACUCAGCAGAUCGACUGCAAGUUUUGUGGCAGGAAACAUGUACCAGACAGAUCAAAGUGCCCUGCAUAUGGCCAACAGUGCAACAAGUGUGGAAAAAGCAACCAUUUUGCUGCGAAGUGUACAGGAAGAAGGCAGUCCAGUCGUAAUUUACAUGCCAAUCAGAAUUUGAAUUAUGUGCAAGAAGAUUCAGAUGGGAGUCAAUUUGAAGAGUAUACUAUUGAUGUAAUAACUUAUCAAGUCAGUGCUGUUGAAGAAAAGAAACACCCAAAACAGUUGUUUACAUCAGUCAAAGUAAACAAUGCUAAAGAUGUUACAUUUCAGUUGGACUGUGGAGCAACUUGUAAUUUGCUAUCACUAAAAGAAUUCUCAAGCAUUAUGGGGGAUCCCAAAGAUCUAUAUUUGAAGAAAACAUCUGCAAUACUCAAGAUGUACAAUGGAACCACUGACUCCACUUGGAAAGUGCACUCUCAAAUGUGCCAAAGGUGAGAUGAGUAGAGAUGCAGAUUUUUUUAUAACUGAUGAGGAUGUCAGGCCUCUAUUGGGUGCUGAGACAUGUCAGGAACUAAAGUUAAUCAAGGUUAUGACAAGUGACAUUUCAGAGUCGGGAACUUUGAACGCAGUAAAUGACAAGGUUCAAACAGCCCACAUUGUUCUAACCAGAGAUCAAAUUUUGAAAGAGUACAGUGAUGUUUUUGAGGGAUUAGGAUGCAUGGAUGGACCAUACCAUAUGGAACUUGAUGAAACUGUAAAACCUGUUGUCCACCCCCCUAGAAAAGUACCUGUAUCACUGAGAGACCGUCUAAAGGAAGAACUGGACAAGUUAGUCAGAGAGAAAGUUAUCACCCCCGUUACAGAACCUACAAGUUGGGUGUCUAGUUUGGUUCUAGUCAACAAGCCAGAGAAGUUAAGAAUUUGUAUUGACCCACAAGAUUUAAACAGAGCCCUGCUGAGAGCCCAUUAUCCUCUCCCCACCAUUGAAGACGUGGCCACUAGGCUAUGCAAGGCUAAAGUCUUCUCAGUCUUGGAUGCAAAGAAUGGAUUCUGGCAAGUUCAGCUAGACAAACCGUCGUCACUCUUGACCACAUUCAAUACACCUUUUGGCCGUUAUCGUUGGCUUCGCUUACCGUUUGGAAUCAAAACAGCCCCAGAAGAGUACCAGCGGAGAAUCCAUGAAAGCCUACAAGGUCUUAAAGGUAUAGAAGACAUUGUAGAUGACAUACUCUGUGUUGGCGAGGGUGACACCUAUGAAAGUGCGGUUAAGGAUCAUGACAGAAACCUAAUUGCACUCCUAAAGAGAUGUCGUGACAAGAAUAUCAAGUUGAAUCCAAAGAAGUUACAGUUGAGAAAGCAAGAAGUGCCCUACAUCGGUCAUGUACUGACCCCUGAUGGCCUCAAGCCGGAUCCAAGUAAAGUCAAGGCAAUUGUAGCAAUGCCUACCCCUUCAGACAAGAAGGCCCUGCAAAGGCUGCUUGGAAUGAUUACGUAUCUUGCGAAAUUUCUGCCUAACCUGUCUGAUGUGACGCAACCAUUGAGACGUCUAUUAGACAAAGAUGUGCAAUGGCACUGGAACGAUACACACGAGAACUCAUGGAAGCAAGUGAAACAGUUGAUCACAAGAGAACCAGUGUUGAAGUAUUUCGACCCCAGUAAAGAAGUAACUCUGCAGUGCGAUGCAUCGGAAUCUGGACUUGGUGCUGUCAUACUGCAAGAGGGUCAGCCUAUAGCAUUCUCGUCAAGAGCACUCACGAGUACUGAAAGAAAUUAUGCUCAAAUAGAGAAAGAGCUGCUCAGCAUAGUUCACGGGUGCAUACGCUUUGACCAGUACGUUUAUGGUAUACCAGUUACAGUACAGACAGAUCACAAGCCGCUAGAGAGCAUUUUCAAGAAAUCUCUGCUUUCAGCCCCCAAAAGGCUCCAAAGAAUGUUAUUACAGCUCCAGAGGUAUAGCUUGAAUAUAGUGUACAAGCCUGGAAAGGAACUAUUCAUUGCUGAUACACUCAGUCGAGCAUUCCUUCCCAAUAAGCCGAGUACAGAAGAGUUGAAGUCGGAGGUUUUAUUAGUCAAACAGGAAGAGUAUCUAAUCAAAUCCAUUGAAGAGAUCAACAUGGUCGAGUUUCUGCCCAUCACAAGUGAACGCCUUGUUGAUCUCAGAAGAAAAACUGAACUUGACGAAGGUCUUCAGCAGUUGAAACAUAUUAUCAAGAUUGGUUGGCCAGAAACAAAAGAAGAAGUCCCAUCAGAAAUCAGGAGAUAUUUUGACUUCAAAGAAGAGCUCAGCAUCCAAGAUGGUAUCCUCUUCAAAGGAAAUCGAGUAAUUGUACCUGUAGCGCUAAGGCCCCACAUGAUAACGCAAGUACACUCAAGCCACCUUGGUAUUGAAAGCUGUUUAAAUAAAGCAAGAGAUGUCCUGUUUUGGCCUGGCAUGACCGCCGAGAUCAAGGACUGUGUUUCUAAAUGUGAAACAUGUAACACUUAUCAGACAAACCAGCAGAAAGAACCACUCAUACCUCAUGAUCCACCUAAACGCCCUUGGUCUCAUGUGGCAACAGACCUUUUCAGUUUUGACAACAAAGAAUGGUUCAUCAUCGUUGACCACUGGUCAGAUUACUUUGAACUGAACCAAUUAUCCAGUACCAACUCAAGUUCUGUUAUCAAGUCUCUCAAGAAUCAGUUCGCACGCCAUGGCAUACCUGAUACUCUGUAUUCUGACAACGGACCACAGUUUGCUUCCAGAGAAUUCAAAGAAUUUGCAUCCGCCUGGCAUUUUGACCACCAAACGUCCUCACCACACUAUCCACAAUCAAAUGGCAAGAUUGAAAAUGCUGUAAAGACAGCUAAGAAGUUACUAACCAAAGCAAAGGCAAGUGGACAAGAUCCAUACUUGGCCAUUUUGGACUGGCGCAACACACCUUCACCCAGUAUUGGAUCAUCACCAGUACAAAGAUUGUUUGGACGACGCACAAAGACACUGUUACCUACAGCAGGAACUUUGUUACAACCAAAGAUCAUGGAGGGAACUGAAGACAAGCUCAAAGAAAGAAAGACGAAACAAGCACUGUUUUACAACAAAGGAACAAAAGAGCUUCCUGAGCUUCAACCCGGAGACACAGUGCGCAUGAAACCGCUGCCAUCAGACAAAGAAAAGCUGUGGAGAAAGGGAUCGGUUGUCAAACAAGUAGCACCUCGCUCCUACGAGGUAGAUCUCCAAGGAACUAUGUUCAGGAGAAAUAGAAGACACUUGGUAAAGACCAAGGAACCAUCGCCACAGUUGGAUUUGGAAUCCCAAGAAAACCUGCCAGCUAGUAGUACCCCUUUGCCUGUGGAAGGACCACCUGUGAUGCAAACAAGAUCUGGUAGAAUCAUUCAUAGACCUGGACGACUACGAGAUUUUGUUUAAGGAACGUUGUUUAGGACUUUGAACUGUCAUCAUCUGACUGAUUGUUUGAUUGCCUUAUUGUAAAUAAGUUUUCUUUUCAUGAGAAGGGAGAUGUGAUAUUAUGAAGCAGUAGUCAAUACCGAUGACAUAAUAUCGCAUACUCAGAAAACGUUUCGGGUACGUUCUUGUAAAUUGAUUGAAGUUGAUUUGAGUUUUCGCUGAUUAAAGACUGGUUGAGUUUGCUCGUUUUGAAGCUAAGGACUAACACAGCUGUAGCAAGUAUAGUAGCUGUAGUAGCUUAGUAAGUGUAGUAAGUGUAGUAGCUGUAGUAGCUUAGUAAGUGUAGUAAGUGUAGUAGCUGUAGUAAAUGUAGUAACUGUAGUAGCUGUAGUAAGUGUAAUAACAGUAGUAAGUGUAGUAGCUGUUGUAAAUGUAGUAGCUGUUGUAAAUGUAGUAGCUGUAGUAAGUGUAGUAGCUGUAGUAGCUGUAGUAAGUGUAGUAUGUGUAGUAGGUGUAGUAAGUGUAAUAGCUGUAGUAAGUGUAGUAAGUGUAGUAGCUGUAGUAAGUGUAGUAUGUGUACUACACAUACAGCUACUUCACCUACUACACUUAAUAAGGUUACUACACUUACUACAGCUUCUACAGCUACUACACCUACUACAGUUACUACAGUUACUACAGAUACUACACUUACUACAUUUACUACAGCUACUACAGCUACUACACUUACUAUACUUACUACAGCUACUACAGCUACUAAAUACGAAAUGAAAUGAUCAAAGCAAGCCUCGAACCACUAAUGCCUGUCUAUGUCAAACUUUUUAACCUCAUUUUACAAUCCGGAAAAAUGCCAGAUGUUUGGUGUCAAGGCCUCAUAACCCCAGUUUACAAAUCUGGUGACAAGAGUGAUCCAACAAAUUACAGAGGCAUAUGUGUUUCUAGUUACCUUUGUCGAGAUAUUUUUAGUUGCAUUGUGUGACAAGUGAUUUGCGUUAUGUGAUUUCCUUUUUGUGGUUUCAAUGUAUACGAAAGAAUCAAUUAAUCUGUAACCUGUCCAUCAUCGUUGACUAGGAAUUUAGGGUGUGUCGCGCGUCAGUGUAACUAACCAACAAAAAUAUUAUUCACUUCUAUCAAUAAUUCGGGACGAGAUCAGUGUACAUUGUACUAAAGUGAAAAUAAACCGUGAAGUUUGCGAAAACUGCCUGGUGUUUUGUGGGCAUUCGCAACAACCUUGGAAAACUGUUCUGUUCUAUUUUAAAUCGAAUACUUCACUUGUAUUUUGAGGAAAAUAAGAUAUUACAUAAUUCCCAAAUUGGCUUUUUGCCUGAAAACCGCACUGCAGACCAUGUUUUCACUCUAAGGACCCUAAUAGAUAAAUAUGUGCAUUAUCACAAGGAAAAAGUCUGCGCUUGUUUCGUAGAUUUCCGCAAAGCGUUUGACUCUGUUUGGCACGAAGGAUUGUUUUAUAAGCUGCUAAAAACGAAUAUAGGAGGAAACUUGUACAACGUCAUGAAAAGCCUUUAUUGCAACUCGACAUGUUCCAUCAAAAUCGGUGAAAACAAAACACAGCCUUUUUCAUAUUCCAGAGGUGUACGUCAAGGCAGUAUUUUAAGCCCUCUUUUAUUUAACCUCUAUUUAAACAAUCUACCACAUUUAUUCAAAAACACCUUAUCUGACCCAUUUGUUCUUCCAAAUGGGAAAAAAAUAAAUUCACUUUUGUACGCAGAUGAUUUAGUUAUUCUAUCAAGAUCGAAAACUGGAUUACAGAACUGUUUAAAUGCGCUUUCCUUGUAUUGUGACAAAUGGAAGCUAAAAAUUAAUCCGAAGAAAACAAAAAUUAUGAUAUUCCAGAAACGCCCAAAAAAAUCUAUUGACAUCAAAUUCAACAUAGGCAGUGAGUCAAUUGAAAUUGUCCAAGAAUACACUUAUUUAGGUACACGUUUAACUCCAACGCGAAACUUUACACUUGCACUCGAACACUUAAAAGAAAAGGCCCUUCACGCGUUUCUAGUAUUCGGAAGCGGACAAUUCUUAACAAACUUAAUCCUAAUACUGCAUCCCAAAUUUUUGAUACCAUGGUAUUCCCAAUCUUGAGUUACAACAGCGAGGUAUGGGGAAUGUACACCAAGCAAGAUUCUAAAAAAUGGGAUAGCUCCCCAAUAGAAAAAAUCCACCUCAAAUUCUGUAAACGUUACUUAGAGGUUAACAAUAAGGCCUCUAACAUAGCUUGCAGAGCUGAACUUGAUAGAUUGCCGCUGCUUAUCCCGAUAAAUCAGAAAAUUAUGAAAUAUUUUGUUUACCUCAACAACAAAGAUAAUGACUCUAUAGUCAAACAGUCUUUCCUUAUGUCAAAGAAUCUACAUUCUAUGAAUAAUUCCGGAUAUUUUUCCAAUUUCAUAAACAUGCUUGAACAAUACAAUCUAACCAGUUUAGAUGCUGAAUCUCUAGAUAAUGAUAAAAUUAGACGAUAUAUACCACAGAAAUGAGAGAGAAAUAUCUAUCUUUUUGGCGGCACAGCCUCGAAAAUUCAAAAAAACUAGAAUUUUAUAAAACUUUUAAAGAUGAAUAUUCUACAUCUGAUUAUCUCUACCAGUUAAGACAUUAUGACGAACGACAGAAUUUUGUUAAAUUUAAAAUAAGUAAUCACAAACUUAUGAUUGAACAUGGUCGAUACCAAAUCGAUCAUUUGCCAAGAGAAAAUAGAUUAUGUCCCUUAUGUAACUCAAAUCAGGUAGAAGAUGAGAUUCAUUUCCUCUUUCAAUGUAACAAAUACUCAGUACAGAGACAGGCAUUUAUUAAUCAAAUCAGUCGAAUAAUAUCUGACUUUGACAAGAAAUCAUCUCCAGAAAGCAUAAAACUGAUAAUGAAUUCGAAGGAACAUCACGUAAAUAAGUUAGUUAUGAAGUUUAUUUCCUCCUGUAUGAAAAUACAUGAUUCAUUGUUAGUAAUGUAACUGAAUUUUUCUAGAUUAUUAUUAGUGCUGUUUGUUUUAUAUUUUGAUUGUCAUAUGCAUGCUUUUGCAAUACUGUAAAAUGAUGCGGUCAUGCAAAUAAAGCAAUUUAUUACUAUUACUAUUACUACACUUAUUAAAGCUACUACAGCUACUGCACUUACCAGAGAUACUACAGCUACUACAGUUACUACAGUUACUACACUUACUACAGAUACUACAGCCACUACACUUAAGGGUGUGUUCCUUUCGGCGAAUCCAAAAACGGAUUUUUGAUCCUAGAUUUGCCAGAUUUCGCGGUCGAAAGGAACGUGAAAUCCGAAAUUGGAUUUGUAACCUUGGUAACCUUUCGCCAACGCGUGCAAUAUGCACGACAGCCUCUCAAAAGAUGAUGUGCUUUCUACUCUUUGACAAAUUAUGCGAUUAUACCGUGCGAAUUUAGUGGUCGGCAGUUCGAAUAGCGACGAUGGAACAUAUAAAACAGACAAAGAAAGAAGCGCAUUAAAAUUGAAAAUUAUCUAAAGAAUGUAAGCCAGUUUGAUCCAGUUCCAUUGCUCGGAUUUUUUUAUGUAACACGAUCGAGUGCCUGUCGCGUCUACAAGCGAGUUUGUAGUUAGAUAGCAGUCCAUUUGUUACUUUUACUUAUUUCUGAUUUCAAGCAAUCUUUAGAGACAAAUGGUUAGUAUAUGGAUAUUUUAAUGUAUAAGGAACAAUUUUCCAGUGUUUUCAGAUGUUUUGCGGCAAACAUGUGACAGCAACGAGGAAACUCUACGGCCUCUAUGGGAAUACUUCAACUGGAAAUACCGCUGGAUCAUCUGACUAAUUUCGGAUCCACUGUGAAUGGAACAGCGUAGAUCACUAAUCCGUUAAUCUGGAUUUGGAUUCUUCGGAUUUCCAAUCCAAUGAAUCCUUUUUCAAAAAGGAUUCACCAGAUCAAAAAUCCGGAUUUGGAUUUGCCGAAAGAAACGCGAAAUCCGUUCUUAGAUCUAAAAUCCGUUUUUGGAUUCACCGAAAGGAACACACCCUUACUUCUGUGCCUAGAGGCCCGACAUGGCACUGGUGCCUCAGGACAUUUCAUGGGGUCAUACAUGAACUACUGACCUGUAAUGUGGUGGAUUGAAGUAUGUCUUUGUCGAAGUCUCGUAAAGAUCCACAAUGGGACAAGACCGACUUAGCAGUAUCGCCGUUAUUAACAUUGAAAGAAAGUAUGCAAACAAGACAAUAAAGAAUGACAUGCAAAGGAUUAUUGAUAUAUUUGGGUGUCGAAGUAAUCGUUCUUCAUACUUCUUUUAGAGCUCAAAUGGGUACGUUUUAUCUCUCACUUCAUGGUUUUGUAUUUUAGAAAUGCUCAUCUCGAUUUACCGAAAAUAUUUGCACUAUUUUGAACGCCCGUGCUCUCACGGCAUGGCGAAGAAAACUUGACGUCACGAAAGAAUCAUCUUGUGCAUCUGUGACCAACAAGUUUCAUUCGGGCAAAUAUUAAUAUUGUCUGUAUUGUAAAACUGUGGAACAACAUAUGCAAUGAAGCUUUGUUUUACCUCUCUUAGCUGUUUUAAAUCAUUUUUGAUGAAUCUGUAUAGGUCUCUUUUAAUGAAUUGAUGAUGGCCUGCUCAUGGUCUAUCUCUCGUGUCCAUGUCUGUAACUGAAUACAUAUAUAUUUUUCGUUUUUUAAAUUACUAUUAGAUUUCUCUACAGUCUGAGUCAGAUGACAAUUUUCUGCAAGAAGAUUUUUCUUUUACUACAACUAGAUUUUAUUUUAUUUUUUUGUAUAGUAUUUCAAAUUCUUAUAUUUCCCUAUGGUGGGCACCUCACAUGGGUUUAAGUGUCCCAUUCGUGUCCUUACCUUUUGGGUUUUAAUUCUUUCUUUCCUUCUUCCUUUUUUUAUCAUGUUUGUAUAUUUCAUUCUGUCUUGAUCUUACCCAUUAAAGCUUUAAAUAAAUAAAUUUAAAUAAAGAUCAGCUCGUUAUUUACUAGCUUUUAAUGUCUCCACUAAGUAGUUAUUGAGUGUUUUACCAACAUCUUAAGUGAGUUAGAAAAGGAACCGAAAGUUUGGACUAACAUUGCUCUAAUACAGUAACUCAAAAGUGGAGAGUUUUCAGUUUUUUGCAUGUAGUGAUUUUAAUUGUAAUAAUGAACAACUUUUAUCUUGCUAGAGUAAUAAGAUCGAGUUUGUGUAGUGUGCAAUUAUGGCUUUUUAUCUGUUGUUCAAUAAGGUCCUUGUUAUUAAUAUUUUUAUAAUAAUGCAGACAGGGGCACCCAACGUCAAUUUUUGGAAAAUAUCUGUUUGGAGGAAGAUUUCAGAUCUAAAAUUUUCGGAACAUUUGUUGUAAAAUUUCUUGCUUGCCUGCCUCUCCUAGGAUUUUCGAACAUCUAAAAAAGGUAUAAUUGCCCAUUUUUAACGGAAUUUUACCCUAAAGGUCACCUAACAUUUUAGGGAGCCUUUUUUCUGGUUGUAACUUUUGAAAAGGUAAGUUUUGAUCCCUAUAAUUUUCGGAUCACUAGACUUUCAGCUAGGAAAUCCGAACAGAGGAAAAAUUUUUAGGGGAUAAAAAUAUGCCUAUGUCUACAGUUUAAAUACUAACAUACGUUCAACAAUUUAUGCUAUGUUUAAGUGGUUUUAAACUAUAUUCUGGUUGAGUGCCCCUUUUCAGAACCAUGAGAAAAUAACAAAUUGAGCCAUGAGGAUGAAAUUAAACCUGUCGGCUAAUACGGAUACAGUAUGCACAACGACUGAAUAAUGAUGAGAGUGCCCGUAAAGGCGGAUGGAAAUUCAUUUGGCAUUUUAUCUUCAUUAAAGGCAAAUGAGUUGAACAGAUACUAGCUGUACACAGUAAUUUUCAGGGAGUUGUAAUAACUCCUCUAGUGGGGCUAAUUUAACUCCUUACAGUGGAGUUAUUUUUUGGGAGUUAUUUUAACUCCAAAAAGGAGUUUAAAGAACUCUUUUUCAGGAGUAAAAAUGACCCCAGAUAUUGAGGAGUUAAAAUAACCCCAAAAAAGGAGUUAUCCUGUACCUAAAAUUUUUACUCCACUUUCAGAGUUUAAUUAAUUCCAAAAGGAGUAAAAACAACCCACGUAAGGAGUAAAAGUAACCCCAUUUCGGAAUUAUCUUAACUCCAGACUGGGAGUAAAAAGAACUCUUUUUCAGGAGUAAAAAUGACCCCAAAUUCGGAGUUAAAUUAGGAGUUAAAAUAACCCCAAAAAAGGGGUUAUCCUGUACCUAAAAUUUUUACUCCAUUUUUGGAGUUAUAAUAACUCCCUAAAAAUUACGGUGUAGUAAUUUAUUUAUUGACAGAUUGAAUGAAAUAGUUAUUUGAAAAUUCCUGUUGAAGUCCUUUAAAAACACCGAGUAGAACAUCAUUUCAGAAUAAUUUUUAGAUUCCGUCACAGCAAGCAAAGAAAUGCUGACAGUUUGUUUAUUACCUCUUAGGUAUUGGCAAAACCGUUUUUACACAGAAAGCUUCGUUCGACUGGUCUCAACACAGAUCUCCAGAAAGGUUAAGAGCGUUUGAUCUUUUCCUUCUGGUAAGAUUACGGGACGUUUGUGAUCUCCGAGAUGUUCCGUCCAUUUUGGCGGCUUCCAGAGCGCUGGCUAGUGAUGGCACAGUUACCAUGGACAACCUGUAUAACUACGUUCGCCGCCAUCAAGAAAAAGUCUUGCUUAUCUUGGACGGCUACGAUGAGUAUGUUUACACUGCUGGAAAGCAAUCGCCUGUCCUUGAAAUCUGGAAUAAAAGUCAGUUACGAGAUUGCUGUGUUGUAAUAACUUCAAGGGAAAUGAAUGCAGAGACUUUGACAAGUUCUAGUGAUGCUGUUUUCAAGAUAGACGGCUUCACGGAUCAGCGCCAAGAAGAUUUCGCUCGUAGAUUUUUAGAAGAUGAUGAAGAUGUUAAAAACUUUUUUGAAUACCUGAAGCAGCACAAGCUAAGGAAACUAGCACAAAUUCCUCUUCUUCUUUUAAUAAUGUGUCUACUCUGGAAGGAAAAACAUCGCAAAGCACUACCAAAGAAACGCGCAGAUAUCUUCACUCAGUUUGUAAAGACUUUGUUUCAUCACAUGCGUGAAAAACAGUCUGCCGAGUCGCUGUUUGUUGAAGAUUACUCAGAUGAAUUAUAUGCGUUAGGGCGCUCGGCCUUUGAAGCUCUCAUCAACGAUUGCCUGUAUAUCCCGAGAAGUGAAUUACCUAGCUACGAUCUGGUCGAGAGGCUGAUUGAAGUUGGCCUCUUUCAGGUUUUAAAUAUAUCAAGUUUAAAUCCUGAAAAAGGUGUGUAUUUCAUUCAUAAAUCCCUGCAAGAAUACCUUGCAGGAAGUUUCCUGAAAGAAGAGCUGAUAUUAUCUAAAAAGAAUGAAAGUACAAAUUCCCUGUUAAAGUUGGACUCGGUUGAAAAGAUUUUCAAAAUGAAUGAAGUAAUAAAAUUUGCUGGUGAGCUGUCAGAAGAAACCGCGCGAGAGAUUGUGAUUCACCUGAUGAAAAUGGCGGCGAACGAAGAAGGACUCACGAAGUACACCUUCGACAGCGAAACACCGUCACAGCUGGAUUUUUCAAAAGACCAAAGAAAUUUUCUAACACUCUCCACAGAGUUGUUUUUUUACUGUUCAGCUGAGACAAAAAGAAACCUCUUUGCUACAUUUCUUUCCUCUUUCAGAGGAGUUCUUUUAAUUGAAGCAGACCAGCUAAAUGAUCUUGUGAAAGAAAAGUUAGUUAAAACUACUGUAAACGUAAAUUACGUUUUUUUCCCUCAUAACGAAAAGUAUACAGAGCAAGACUAUAGAAACUUAACAAUUUUAUCUGAACAAUUAAAAGCUUUCAUUGCAACUUGUUCAGGAGAAAAGAAAGCAUCAGAAUUUUUAAGCAACUUAACAUGCCGUCGAGUUGAUGAAUUUUUCCUAAAGAAAGAAGAAAACAACACUCACCUGUAUUUUACACAAAUUUGUAAAAGUUAUUAUCGAGGCAUUUUAUGUCCUCUUGCUGAUAUAUUUAAGGCGUUAAUAAGUAAACAAGAGACAACAGAGAAGACAAACAUGAAUGGUAAUGAGUCAACUGAAGAGAGCAGCAGCAACUGUUGUUCAAAGCGUCAUGGUCUCUCCAGGGUUCGGUGGAUUUUAGCUUAUGAUGUGAACAGGUCAGAUGUGGAACAGCUGAUUGAGAUAAUGCCGUUUAUCACCGCUUCACACUGGAUAAGGGUUUGGGGUGAAGACGGUGAAGUGUACGAUGCUGAGUUAACAGAGUCUCUGCUGAGGAGGAUCCCAAUAACACACAAACUGCAGAACUUAUCACUCUAUCGUAUCAAUGUAACAUCAUCACCUGCUGUGGAGUUCAUCGACACUUUAUUUCAAAAAGCUCCAAACUUGGAGUCGCUCUUCAUGUCAUACAAUCCUCUUCUGGGUGCAGGAGUAGACAGCUUGAUUCAACAUCUCAGCUGCGCUCCUCACCUGAAGACACUGGACCUUGAUGGAGUAAAGAUGACUCCACAGCAGGUGAAAGAUCUGACAUCAGCUGUACAGAAGCACGGCAACAUCACUGAACUGUGGUCAUCCUACCAC